UCAGUCAGUGCUUCUACUCUCGUCUUCACUACACUAGUGUUGAAUUAUUUCACAUUUAUCGAACCACCUCGACAGACAAACCGGUUUAACUUCUCCUGUUCAACCUCUUGAAGCUUUGGACGACCUUGGACAAGAAGCUAGUUGUCUCUAUUUUGCUUUUUUUUGGACGGAAUUGACAAAAAAAUGCGUCUUAUCCAGAACAUGACGACCAUUGCGGAGUACCCAGCACCUGAAUGCUCGGUCCCAAACCGGGCCAUUAAAAUAGCUGUGAUAGGAGGCAGUGGAGUCGGAAAAACAGCGCUCGUGGUGAGAUUCCUAACGAGGCGCUUCAUCGGAGACUAUGAGAGAAAUGCUGGUAAUCUCUACUCCAGAGAAGUUCAGGUGGAUGGCGAGCAAGUGACCAUCCAGGUUCAAGACACUCCUGGUGUGGAGCUGACUGAUAACGGCAUCAACCUACCAGAUCAUGUGACCUGCUCCAUCCAGUGGGCUGAUGCCGUGGUACUGGUGUACUCCGUGACAGACCGCCGUAGCUUCGAUUUGAUCGAUCAGUUGCACCAGCAGGUUGUCCGUACCGGAGGCGCCAACAUGCCUCCGGUAAUCCUGCUGGCCAAUAAGGCGGACCUGCUGCACCUGAGGCGGGUCGACUCCCAGCAGGGCCCUUUGCUGGCGGGAACACUGGGCUGCUCUUUCUAUGAAGUGUCUGCCAGCGAGGACUACAGCCAGGUGCACAAGGCUUUCCACAGGCUGUGCUGCCAGCUAGCCAAGCAGCCGCCUCCUGCCUCCAACUCCUCCUCAAACAACUCUGCCAGCGCCGCCACGGAGAAAAGACGCUCCCCUCUCAUCCCCAGGCCAAAAUCGCCCAAUAUGCAAGACCUGAAGAGGCGUUUCAAGCAAGCGCUGUCAGCCAAAGUGAGGACUGUCACCUCGGUGUGAGGAGGACGAGAAGCUGAAAGUGGUCCAGAGCGGCCACAUAAAGAAAGAAAGCAUUGAAGAUGGAAGUGGAAAGAGAAGAUGAAUUCUUCUCCACUGAAGUCCUGAAUCAGUCUGGCUAAAGAACGCAGAUGUGAAAUGAACAGGUUCCAGGUAUCGAGAGGCUGAAUCUUCAGAGGUAAUGACCUCUAUAAGUGGCAGGUGUCUGCCUGCUCAGACACCGUGUGUGAGGAGAAGCAGCGAGGAGGUUCAGGAGGAGAAACGACACCUGAGGACUAAGAAGCAGCUGCGUGAGGCUGACUGAACCCCAGACUCUGUGCAUAGAAAAUCAGAAACUGUAAAUCAAGCUCUCCUGGCAACAGCAGCGCUCAAGGACUGCCUAUUUCUAGCUGUGCUGCCCAUUGUUAGCCACUAUGUGCUGGUAUUAUUAGAGCAGUCACUAAGGCUCUGUGCAGCUGUGUGUCAGUCUCUUAGUCAAUACCUGCAGUGUAUUUUUGCAGCAUUCAGAUCAUCACAGUGCAGACAGCAUGAUGAGAGGAGGGGGGCGGGGGGACGUAGCAAAGCAUGUAGCAAUGGUGGUAUUAUCACUGAUGCACUUUAUUUAAAAAAA